AGCUCGCACUAUUGGUAUCUGUGCGUGAUUAUGGAGCGGAGUGAUGAAGAUGGAAUUCGCAAAAGAAAACGCGAUUCCAAAAACAGGCGUCGAUCAUCACAAGCUUCACCCCAAGAUACCCCACCAGACGAUAUGUCUGAUACAGAAGGACUACUCAUCGCGCCCAAAUUUCCACGGCGAGAGACAGAGAACUCAACCGUUGACACAAAUGUCGUAUCUCAACACGACUCAUCCGAAUUGGCAGAACGCAUGCUCAGAUUACUGCCCCACGAACUUCGAAACCGAAUAUAUACAUAUGCGGUGAGUGUACCAUGGGAAAAGGAAACAAUAUGCGAUGGCAAGCUUCCACUCCGUCUCCGCUCACACUGCAAUACAACACAAAGCCAUCACUCUUUCUGGAAUCCCUCCCCCCUCCACCGAUACAUCGAUCCGCACCGCUUCGGAGCACAGAUAGCGCACGAGAUGGCUAGAGUAUACUACACAAUCAACGAGUUUUACUUCGACUACCACGAGUUAUACCUUAUGCACAAAUUCCUUACUGUGGAUCGAUUCGAAAGUGGUGUGCGUCCCGCCGAUUUCGUACGUAGCAUCGAGAUUGUGCUGGACGAGAGUUUCACUUGCGAAUGUAAUGCGAAUGCGCUUGCUUUCCAUGGCCGAUUAGCAGACGGGGAGAGAUCCCCUGUAGGUGCUGUGAGAAAAUGUCUUGAGCAGCUUCUAGGGGUGACAGCCACCUCGGUCAAGAUUAGAAUUAUUGUAUAUAGGAAGGAGAGGAGGUUUCCGCGGCUGGAGAAUCAAAGGGAGCUUCUGAGAGUUUUGCAUCCGAUUGUGGUUGCGUUGGAUCGGAAAGGUCAACUUGUAGUAAUGGAGUUUCAUACUAGCUUGGGAUGUGAGUGGAGUUUACGACGGUCUUCGGGUACCUCAAUCGACAAGCUGAUGCGCAAUAAAAUCGAAGACAAUUGA